UCUCUGAAUCAGUAUCGCAGCUAAUGGCUUCUUGCUGGAGCUUACUUCCCCUCUUCUUCUUCUUCUUCUUCUUCUCUCUUUGCUUCCAUGAACGCGAGGCCGUCGCCGUUCAAGGCGGCCAAUUCGCAAAGGGAAGCAUAGAAGUUGCCGGCGUCGAGCUUCGCGAGCACUCCACAUUCACCGAGAUUGUAACCGCCGCCCCGCUAAGCGCCGGCGACUCCGGCGCCACCUUCUUCUCCCCUUCUUCGCUUCCCUCCGGUUUCUUCGCCCUCGGCUCCCACGCCCAAGCCCACACGUCCAAUUCCUCACCCCCCCGCGCACUCAUCGCACGCGACACCUGCGCCUCUCUCGCCUCCCCCACCGACUUUACCUUCCUCUUCUCAACCAAUUCCACCUCGCCUUCCCCCGCCUUCUUCUGGCAACCCAUCCCUCCUCCCGGCUACGCCGCCGCUGGCCACCUCGUCACCUCCUCCCCACAAAAACCCCCUCUCUCCUCCAUCCGCUGCCUCCGCAGUGACCUCCUCGAGUCAUGCGACCCCGAAGCCCCAAUCUGGUCUGCCAAAUCCGAUUCCCCUUUCACCGUCCACCUCUCAGACUCCUUCGGCACCAUCGUCGCAGGCGAAAAACCUCCUUUAAUUUGCAUAAAUAAGAGCUUAUUGACCGUUGCUGCAAUGCCGAAUCUCACCCAAAUUACCGCCCUGAUCAAAACUUACUCUCCCUGGAUCCAUUUCCACCCGAAAGAGCCCUACCUACCCUCUUCCGUCUCCUGGUUCUUCAACAACGGCGCGCUGCUUUACACGAACAGCAGCCCUAACAGGCCGGCCCGCAUCGACCCUCCCGGCACCAACCUCCCCCAGGGUGGCACCAACGACGGCGCCUACUGGCUCGACCUUCCUACCGACGCUGCUUCGCAGAAUACCGUCAAGGCGGGAAGCCUUCCCUCCGCCGAUGCCUAUAUCCACAUCAAGCCGACGCUCGGCGGCACAGCCACCGACAUCGUUUUUUGGCUCUUCUACCCUUUCAACGGCCCGGCGAGGGCCAAGGUGGAGUUCUUCGACAUCGCCCUAGGGCGAAUCGGGGAGCACGUCGGGGAUUGGGAGCACGUGACUCAGAGAUUCAGCAACUUCGACGGCGAGAUGAAGCAGAUGUACUUCUCCGAGCACAGCUCCGGAAAAUGGGUGGACCCAAAGGAGCUAGAAUAUACGCCUGUUGGGAGUAGGCGACCAGCGGCGUAUCCGACGCUGCACGGGCACGCGUUUUACCCGAAGGCAGGGCUGGUGUUGUUGGGGGAAAUGGAGAACGGGAUUGGGAUAAUGGAUGAGACGGCGGAAGGGGGCGCGGUGAUGGACGCGGGGGCGAACAACGUGAUCGUAUCAGCGGAGUAUUUGGGGGUGGAGGAGCCGGCGUGGUUGCAGUAUAUGAGGGAGUGGGGGCCGAAGGUGAGCUAUGAUGUGGAUAAGGAGUUGGAGAAGGUGAUGAGAUUUCUGCCGGGGGAGAUGAAGAAAGCGCUGGGGGAUUUGGUGAGCAGUUUGCCGAAGGAGGUGUUGGGGGAGGAAGGGCCGACGGGGCCGAAGGAGAAGGCUAGCUGGAAUGGGGAUGAGUCGUAGAUGGUGGUGAUGAUGAUGAUGAUGAUGUUGGUGGUGGUUGAAUGGCCUUGUUGGAUGAUUGUAUGUCUAGAGAGGAUUGGAGUGCUGGUGUUUGUACUUAGUUUACAAGAAAAAGGAUUUUUAGUGGGCUAA